AUGGGGUCUGGAGGUGGAAUACAGCGGGUCAUUGCGGGAGAAAUUGCCCAUGGGGAUUCGAUGAGGAGCGAAGCAAGCGAGGCAAGCCAUGUUACCAGUGGAGUUUGCUACCUUUCACCUGUCAACACGGAGAUUAUAAGACCCUGCGAUCCCUUCCGAUUGGAGCGCACAAGCAGUGCGGCUCUGUACCGCUACGCGUACCGGUUGGUUUCUAUGACUGGCGAAGCACAAACUCUCCAGUGGAGAAGACUUCCGGACUUGGAUCUCCCGGCCGAGAAUAGAGUCCACGGGUCUCGUGCUGCGGAGGAGAACAAGCGCGCCAAUGGGAAGGGGGGAGAGGGUUUAAACAAGCGCGGUGACAUGUUGCGCCUGAUGGUUAUUGUCUAA